AUGCUCGACACGCUCGAAACCACCACGGAUGAAGCUACCUUUACCCAAACCUUUGGUCCAUUUUCAGUAUUUCGUGUAGAAUCUCGCAGCUCGAAACCUCUGGGACAAGCGCUUACAGGUGUUAACGACAACAAUCACCCUCCACCUGGUCCUGAAAAUGGCUCUGAAGGAGUGUCGAGAAGAGAGAUCACAACGUCUCCAGAGCCUCACAGAGAUCAUCACCCACCAAGUAUGCUGCGUGGCCUAGACGCUCUCAUCCUACCCGGCUGCAGCAGAGAACUAAUCCACCAUUGGAUGACGUUCUUCGCUGAGAACAUUAUCGUAAUAGACACGGCCUCAAACCCCUGCUGGACUGUCGCCUUUCCCAUGGCAAUGAAGGGAGUCUGCGACAUGACCAUGAAGCCGAAUGGUAGCACCGCUCUCUUCCACGCAUUAUGUGCAGUGUCCGCCCACAGUCUUCUACAACUCAAGGGGCCUAGUUCUCGAUAUCUCAAGCUUGCAUUACAACAUGAGCAAGCCCUCUUUCAAACCCUUCGACACUUCAUAUCCCUACCUCAAGAUGGCCAGACAGCGGCCGAAGGGUUCGACGGCAUAUUGAUGGCCAUAUUAUCUUAUAUGGUGAAAUUUUCCGUCUCAGGCCAGCCAGGAGAGUGGCGACAUCAUCUUCGCGCCGGGCUCGAAUGGUUGACUAGUCGAUGCACACGAGAUCAUCCUCGUGGCCAGUCAGACCCAGGGGUUCAUCCCUGCAUCACGUAUUUAUUCUUAUGCGGUGCCGUCAUGGGGAACGUGGAUGUUUCUUCCGACACUUUGGUCGCUCUGAAAAUAUCAUCGACAUAUGACGGUGGCGACCAAGAAGAAGAUCAAGACGACGCAGUUCCGGUUUUCGCCAUGAAGCAUUCGACAUUUCGAAACAUCAUUCGCAUCAGCGAGUUGCGCCGUCGUGCUCGGCAAGGCUGGCAGUCGCUCGAUCUUCACGAGGUCGAGGUGCUCGAAAAGCGCGUGUUGGCGCAGGUUCCCAAAGAUAGCCACAGUCAGCCGUUUGAACCUACACAGACACAGACACAGACGCAGACACAUGCACACACAGUCCCACCGACUCCCGAGCAUGAAAGUGAUUUGUCAUGGUCGCCAUCAGAGGCGCGAAUGCCCGGACAGAUUCCCUGCAAAAGUCAAGUUGUGUCCAAACUCAGAUCGACACACACCCCCCAUCAUCAGAAUCAGAGGGAGCAAAUGGCUCGUCACCUGAGCAAUGUCUACGAGUACGCGACCUUGAUAUAUUUCCAACGAGGACUUUUGAAGAUGCCACUGUGCGCGACACAGAGGUCCGUCGAAAAGGGCCUCGACAGCAUCCAGGCCAUGGAAGACAUUAGCAACAAUUCCUGCGGGUGUCUACCUGCAUGGUUCGCCAUCGUGAUCGGUAGCGAGUGUGAAAGUGACGUGCACAGAGAGUUUAUGGUAUCUUGGUUCGAUCGCAAAAGGCGCCAUGGUCUCAAGAUCAUGAAUGUCGCGUGUACGGUUGUGCGUCUUGUGUGGGAGAAGAGAGCAAUCCCGGGAAACCAAGACUUGUAUUGGGAAGAUGUUGAUUUGAAGGAACAUGGACUAGAUGUGAUUUUCUGGUAA